AUGUUUUGAUUCCCGGUUUAUCCUUAUGCAUGCUUGAGUAUUGAUUGUUCAUGGUUUGAUUGGUUUCGAGCUUUAAGAAGAGCUAUUUAUACAGGAGAAAAGCGCUCAGUAUUAUUAAAAAAUCUCACUAAAGCUUUUUCAGAUGAGGAUAAUGUCAUAGUCUCAAUCAGUGUACGCACUGCCUUUGAUGUUUAUUUAAGAGCAUUAAACAUGCCGAAAGGUUCUGAAAUAUUAAUGACUGCCAUUAACAUCCCAGAGAUGGUUAGAAUAAUAAAACUUCAUGGAUUUGUCCCAGUUCCUGUAGACGUAGAAGUUGACACUUUAGCUGUAACCCCAGACAAGCUGGAAGCAGCGAUCACAGAUAAGACCAAACUGAUAAUUGCCACAUUUACCUAUGGAGUCAGAUAUGAUUUAACUGAAAUUGCUAAAGUCGCGAAAAAGCACAACUUGCCAAUUUUAGAAGACUGUGCUCAAGGAUAUAUUGGGCAAAGCUACAAAGGAGACCCAAACGCAGAUGUCACUGUUUUUAGCUUUGGGCCGAUUAAGCAUGCGACUACGUUCCAAGGUGCCGUGAUGAUUAUUCGAAAAAAUCCUUUUAUACUGCAGCAGGCAAAAUUAAUCCACGAUACUUAUCCAAUUCAAUCAGGAAAGAUCUAUCUCAAAAAGAUCAUUAAAUAUUCAGGCGGAAUAGUCUUACUAAAUAUAAGAUGGCUUAAUUACAUACUCAGGCCCUUUUUAUUAAAAGCGAAAUUCGAUUAUAAAAAAAGGGUCGUGUCACUUCUCAGAGGGUUUGCACCUGGGCAAGGCUUACUCCCACUCCCAUCCUUGAUCGAACGAUUGACUGUAAAAAUUCCUAAAAAUUGGGGAAAUUAACCCCCAUCCUUGAUCGAACGAUUUUCAUAUCAUGCCAAUUUUUAUAUAUAUAAAAAAUAUUAGUUAUCAAAUGCUUUGGAAGAUGUGCCUAAUGAAGUUGUUUUCAGAGCUUUGAGACGACAGAAAGCUGCGAAAUCAACAAUCCGAAGUGAUUUGACAUCAACCUAGGCUUAAAAACUCAAUAAUCUAAUAAAAUAGAGAUUCUUAAAAAUUUUUAAAAAAAUUUUAAUUUAAAUUAAAAUUUAUACAGUUUAAAAGGGUAACUAAUAAAUCAAAAUAUUAAAAUUGGUAUUUUAUGAAAUUAAUUCAAUUUUUUGCUGUAAAAAUAAUUAUUAAAUACUCUUACCCUCUUAUUUAAAUAAAUAAAAAAAAUCUAUAUAUCUUUUUUCAUUUUAUAUAUAUAAAAUUUUUGUCCCAAAAAAAUUUUUUUUUAACCCCCAUCCUUGAUCGAACGAUGGCGAGUCGUUCGAUCAAGGAUGGGGGGGGGAGUUAGAAGUCUACAGAUUCAGGCCAUGCACAGCCAUGCUUUCGUUUCUGUGAAGAAGAAUCAGUCACUUUGAUGAGAAAAAGUUCAUGGAAGGUAUGAAAAACAUGCAGGAAGGUACAGAUAUUUUGAUAAAAGGUGGGGUCACAGUUCCUGGAUUAAACCCUAAAGAUCGUACUUUUUGGCUCUAUCCAAUAGUAGCUCAAGACUCAAAAAAAGCAUAUGAUGUCCUGAAUAAUGCUGGAAUUGAUACUUAUUCAGGUAUUUCUCAGCUAUAUGCAGUCCCUGUUCCUGAAGGGUCAAAUAUUCCUAAACCAGAAAAAUCUUAUGAAAUGUUUAAAAACCUUUUAUAUCUUCCAAUCCAUAAAGAUGUGCCCAAAAAAGACAUAAUAGCGAUUUGCAAGCAUACAGUAAAAUUAUUGAAUCCUAAGCUUUAG